UUGACAACACCCUUCUGCAUUCAACGGAAGAGCAGCCAUGCGGCUCGGCCUGGCGUCUCCGUCGGCUCCGCAGGCGUCCGACAGGCACCUUCCACCUGCAGUGGCACAUCGCUCGUCCGCCUUCUGCCCCAUUGAUGUGGAUGGCGACUCCACAGACGACGCGAAGUCUCCGGCGUCUCGCCAUCACGAUUUGUCCGCACUCUCGUCUCCCAACACCCUACCAUCACUCCUAGAUCUCUCCAGCGAUACCGCCUACAAUAAUGGUACUACUCGCCGCCAAGCGAGAGCGCUGGAAAUCCACUCUGACGACAGCGAAACGAAGCAGAGCGAGCACAAGGACGACACAGAGUCGCACAGUAGCAGUGUCCGCCUCUCACCUAACAGACACGAAGAGACCAAGAAGCCGGCGCUCAACUUCUUCUUCAAUAUUGACCGAUCCACACCCAAGAAGCCGCGCAGAGACUAUUUCAGCUCCGGUCACAUCAGCGCACACAGCUCUCCAGUCCCGGACGAGCUCCACGAGAUCAUAUCGGCUGCACGCACCAACAUCUGCGGUCAAAUGUUUGAUCGCUGUGAGCUCGAGUUCGGAGAAGAUCGAGUGAGAUUAACAAUCUGGAAGGACAACAAGGCACGAUGGCAAGGAAAAGUCAAGUACGCGCACAUGGCACGCUUCUGGUACGUGGUGAACAUGCUUGGGGCUAUUAUGAACAAUUACAAAUUGAUUAUUGUUUAUUGCUGUGUACUGUUGGUCAGCUUCUCGCGAGUUGAUCAUCCUCCAUAUAUCCUCUUGAUGCAGCUGGAGAACUCAAGAGGCAGGUCGGACUUUGCAACCUUUUACGACCCCAUUUUCGCAAGAGUAUGCGAAGAAAACGUGGCAAAGGAUCAAACAAUGCCAAAGGUGUAUGGCAUCGUGUUUUAUUUCGAUGAAGAAAUGAACUAUAUGCGCUGUCGGAGUAUGGGCGACAACAACCCGACAUUGGCGCAUCUUUUCAAAGAGAAAUUAUCAGAGAGUGAAGUGCGGCAAUUCGUGAGACUGGACGUGCCGAGUAGGCCGCGUCGUAUCGAGGUGAAGAACAGCUCGUCCUCAGGCGCGAGUCGUAGCUUGGUGUCAAGGGUGGGGAGCGGAGCUAGGCAAGCUUUCGGCAGUGUGACGUCCUUCUUUCGCCCGGCACCACGACCUUCUGUCUUAGAAGAGGACGAAAACCCCUCAGUUGUGCGAGAUCGUGGCAGUUCAACCCCCCAGGGUCGAAUGCUCAAUUUGUCACGUGGUAGUGACCCCAUACCGCCUGACUUGGACGAGGAAAAAGCGCCGAUCUCUGUUGAUGAUGCAGGUAUUGACAAGAAAAAGUAUCGAAGUUCACUUGCAGACAGCGGUGCCGACUGUGUGGUUAUAAUUCAAAACACCCAGCAAGAUGAAGCUGAGAAAAGAGACAACUCUGCAGCGUCUUCUCCAUCGCAGGAGGAAAAAGCGAGCGAAAAGGUGGAGAGCAGGAAGCGAGCAGCAUCAAGUCGACGUGAGGAUGAGAAGCUGAAACGGAGGAGAAUCGAGAGUCGUCGCAAUGAAGUGCUGCUCACGUAUCCGUACGAUGGUUCAGACACGUCGGGACGGAUUUCAGUGACACUCGGCGACGUGGAUCGCCUCGUUCCAGGGGAGUUCCUGAACGACAAUAUCAUCGACUUCUAUCUACGGUUCCUUUGGCGACAUUUGCCUUCGUGGCAACAGCAGCAGACAUACUUCUUCACCUCACAUUUUUUCACACAGCUGAACGGCACGAACGGAGCUCACGAACUAACAACGGCGGAUCCAGACGAACGAUUCGCGCGAGUUACUCGCUGGACGCAGAAGGAGACCAACCUGUUUGACAACCGAUUCUUAUUUAUUCCUAUAAACGACAGCUUCCACUGGAGUGUUGCUGUGUUUUGCAAUCCAGGCUCGGCUAUUAUCAAAAAGCACCGAAAAGUUAGGCGUCGUCGCCGAAUGAUCACCGCACGUAGCUCGGACACGAGAGAGGUGGUGGAUUUGGUGGACGGUGGUGAUCAACAUGAACGACCUUUAGAAGCAGCGAGUAACGAUGGUGACAGUGUGGAAGAAGAAAUCGAAGAAGAGGAAGUGCUGUCGUGUCAAGAAGAUCGACUCGCCUACCCUCCUUGCCUCUUAUUUCUGGAUUCUCUUCGCUGUCAUCGAAAGAAGAAGUUUACGAAAAUGCUGCGCGACUAUUUGGAAUGCGAGUGGAAAGCACGUUACGCUUCCAGUGCUGCUGCUAAUGUUUCAAAAACAGAAGAUGGUGUGGAUGAGGAAGAGUCGAUUGUGACAAUGUUUGACUCGGAAAGCAUCGGUCUCCUCGAGCCUAAUGUAAGUCACCCAUUGCAUUUCAGUCCCUGCAAUGGCAUGGUGUAUACUAAGUUGAUGGCUGCUGUAAUGUACGCAGAUCCCUUUGCAGAGCAACAGUUCAGACUGCGGAGUAUUCCUGCUCAUGUACGCUGCAUCGAUCGUACACUGCUUUCCUGCCGGUGUAACGCGUGAGGACUUGGAAAACAAUUUGACGUCGUCACUAACACCAACCAUGUUUCGGGACGAGCAUGUGCUGGAAUUUCGUGAAUAUCUGCAGCAACUGCUAUUCAGUCUGCAAUUUCUAGAAAAGCACGGGAUUCCGGAGGAAAAAGUCAAGGACGAGGAACUCGAGAUGUUCACGAUCGACUAGAGGAUCAACCGAUAUGCUCAUGACGGAUGUUUCAUAAAUAUUAACAACACCCUGUCAAUAUGCACCAAUGCUAUCGAACUAAUUUCAGUUUUCUGUGAAGAGAUACACUACGGUGAGUGGUUGGGAAGCAGUCGACGGAGUCCACGCACCAUGAACUCGCGCUGGCUGGGGAUUUCCACCACCAAGUCGAGUGUUCGCCAUGGACAAAUGAUGGAGAGACAGAGUUCAGGUGACGGCACAGUCUGCGAGUCCUUGAGCGAUAGGAAAGCCUCCGUUGCAUGACCCACCUUGAUCUCCGUGAUCUCUCGAAGCGGGAUGGUACGUCCUCGUUUACUGCUUCCAGAUGUUCCGGUUUCAUUCCUGUUUGCACCUCGCGGCAUUGCGUUCUUUCGGGCGGUCCAGGUGAUACUUUCUUCCAUGAAGUUGAAGGUCAAAGCAGUGGAGUGCGGCGUUGUUGAAUUUUUGUAGCCGUAUUUGACAACCUGGAAGCCACGAGACAGCAACUCAGCGAAUCCCAGAGCUUCGCAGUCCUCAAUACGAGUGCGUUCCAACUCUCGUGCAAUGCUGGCACCAACAUCGACGUCAUUAAUCCAAGGAUGACUCAGCAAGUCUUCAGCAGAGAUACGCUCAGUGUCGUUAGUCUUCAGCAUCUUCAGCAGCGCGUCUUGUGCCAAGGGACUCACGGUACGCCACUGCGCAUUCGAGAGACUCAAGCAGCUCAUAUCGCGCACGUCAACACCAGUCGGAAAGUGAUCCAUACACUGCAAAGCUGCCGCAGACUCCACACUGAACGGGAAUGCGCCGAAGAGCAGCACAUACAGCACAAUGCCAAGACUAAAGACGUCGGAUUUCAAGCCAUACGGUCGCCCGCAAAGCAAUUCCGGCGCAGCAUAUUCCAGCGUGCCACAACUGUGUCUAAGCAUGCUUGUAGAGUGUUCGAGUUGCUUGGCCAGCCCGAAAUCUGCGAUCUUCACCAUAUUUCCGUGGAUCAGAAUAUUCUCCGGCUUAAUAUCGCGGUGAAGUACACAGCGGCGAUGCAAAUAGGCGAGUCCUUCGACUACCUGACGAAUGAUGCGUCGAGCCUCAGGUUCCGGAAGACGCUGGCGUUCAAUGAGCUGGUCGCACAAAUCGCCGUCUUUCAAAUAGUCCAUGACCACGUAGUGGAGAUUCGCGUCACGUGCGUAAACACCUUCAAGACCGACCACAUUAGGAUGCGACAGAGUGCGGAGCAGACGUUCCUCUUCUUCCAACGCCUGGGAGAUCUUGCAGCACUUUACCGCACACACUUGGCCAGUCAUGCGAUUCACCGCCCGGUGAACGAUCGAGAAGGAGCCUUCGCCGAUCUCCUUCAUCAGCAUAUACUUGGCAGAAAAAGCGUCGAAUGUUCCCACUUCUUCCACACUUUUCACCAUACUUGUGGAAUCCGUAGACACGCUACGAUCACUAGGAGACUCAGAUGGUAAGGGCAUCUCGUCUGUGUCUUGUGUGACUUGAAGCAGCGCGCGUUUUCGAGCUUCUAUCAUGAAGCGUAUGCAUUCUGUCCACGCCGCGUGGUCAUCUUCGUCGUCUGCUUUAAGAAUUACUGGUACUUCCACAGCUUUGGCCGGUGUUUUGUGUCCCGUGAUCUCGACAUGCUUCAGAAUAAGCGUCAGGGAUCCUGAACUGGACGUCCACGUUCGUCGGCGCUUUUCCGACAGCUCAUCUGUCAUACUGUGGCGUUUUGGCGUAUCUGGUGCGUGAUCUCCAUGAUUUUUAUCCUGUUCCAGCAUCGAGUUGCUAGUAAAAAUUACUUCAAACAGCGGCGUCGCUGCGUCUUUCGUCUUGUAACACACGAGUCCAUGCUCUCGAAGACGGAAAUAUUUCCGUUUCCAGCUCUUAAGUAGUCCUGCGGCCUUGGUAACACGGUGCUGUAGAUACCCGCCGUGAUACCGUUUGCCACUUUGUUGACGAGGACUCAGAACACCUUGAUACGAUAGUGACGGCGUAUUUUCCGGUUUGUUCAGGUCGAGAUGCGGCAUCUCCUUGUGACGUGCUGGCAAUUGUUGCACCUGAGCGUCCCCCAACUCGUCAAAGUCCGAGGAACCGGCAGAGCUGGCGCGGCCGUCUCGUUUGGACGCCGGAUCUGCCUCAAACAUGAAGGAGGGCGACGCCAUGCACGUGGAGACCUCCGACGCCGCCACCGUUGAGGUCGGAGAGCUCGCGUCGCUCGUGCGGUGGCGCUGCUUUUUGUCUGGCGUUAAGGGAGUUGACGGCUCAGGUUCGUGGCACGGACUGAGCUGGGAUGGCGAAGGAACGAGGUCGGCCAUUGGCGUUUGCUGCCUGGAAAUAGCGCAAGCGAUCGGGCUUUUUUAAACCGAAGUUUCUGUGGUAAACCAACAUGCAGUGAGUGGAACGUGACAAAAUGGCAAGUAGCACUAGCGGCAAAGUGGCAAGUUAUCGUCAAGCCUAUAAACAUACC